AUGGUUACCCAGGACACCAACGCACGCCAGCGCCGCUUGAAGGUAACAGCAAGCGCAGACUACGACCCCAAAACUCCUCGUCAAAUGGUACCUGUGAAUGGCGAGACACUACGAAUCGAAAAUGAGCACGCUAUUGUGAGUCUCUGUGUACGGAUCAAAGAUUAUUCAGGUUAUCCCGAGAGUUCACCAUCCACAAGCCCAUAUUUCGACCACCCCAUGCACGCCAAAGACCUAUAUUCCAUAUGCUUCUCAAUAAUCUUCAAGGAGCCCGUAAAUGGCAACAACCUCUUCUUUGGCAAUGACUUUGAUCACCCAAUCCGCGACAUGCUACCUCCAGGAUUCAAUGCAGCGCUACGGAUGGUCAGGUGGACUCUCGACCCUGGUCUAGAUGGCGAUGUCUAUGCUGAUGAGCCGUACCUAUACAGCCCGGCAUUGGCAUCGUGGGACCAGUUCCGCAUUGGAGAUAAGAUGCGGAAAACCGACGAUGUGCCAAAGCUCCAUGAUGAGGUUAUUGAAGAAGGUUCUUAUAGCGAAGAAUCUGCCAGUUUGCGUCAGAAGUUCAAUAUCCCCGAUACAAUCGAGGGGCGCAGAAAGCAUUUCCAGGACGAAACGAAUAGAAAGGAGUUCAACUUUGAGCCUGGGAGGAUGUAUGUUGCUGAUUUUGGAAAUCCUUAUUUGGCCUUCGACGAUUUCUCUGUCCGUCUUCCUGGAUUCAAUUUACCUAUCAUGAAGUAUGUGGAUGAGAAGAAUCAUGAGCUGCGGUAUACGCUCAAGGAUGUUUCAACUGGACGGGUGUAUCUUGCUGUGGUGUUCUCGGUGGUCCUAUGUGAAACGGAAGACAAGGAAGACCACGGCAAGAGUGAGCAACGUGACGAGAAUCUAGGAAAGUUUGACUGGGAGGCGGAGCCAUCGUCUGGCGAUGUUGAGUGA